UCAAGCUCCUGCUCAAGUUUCCAAGAUCACAAAUUUGCCAACAUGUUUGACCUGACAGCAGAAUAUCGGCAGCAACACUUCCUAACAGGGUUACUCUUCACUGAACUGGCAGCUGCCCUGGACACAGAAGCAGAAGGAAUAAGCAAAGUGCAAAGGAAAGCUGUCAGUGCCAUCCACAGCCUGCUGAGUGCCCACGACUUGGACAAAUCCUGCUUGAAACCAGAAGUGAAAGUGAAAGUUGCUGCCCUUUAUCUGCCGCUGGUUGGAAUAAUUUUGGAUGCACUUCCACAGUUACAUGACUUUACAG